UCCGCUGGCUUUCAAAGCACAAAAGAAACAUGCUCGGCGUGGUGCCAGCACUGGCUUUGUUGGGGCUGGGGGUGUGCCUGCCUGUGUGCGAGGGCUGCCAGCAGAGUGCUCUGGGGAGCUCAGUGUCAGUUAGAGGCUGAAGCGGCUGGAAGUUUGAACAACCACGGGAAGCUGUCUCCUUUUGUUCAGUGACGUUUUUAGGAGAUGAACCAUUUAGUGUGAUGGGAAACAGUGUUGGUUUUGGUCAUUUCCUUCCAAAUCUCACCUGGGACUUUCCCUCUAUUGUGUCUGAUUUACGUUCUGAAAUAGGCAUGUGGCUGCCUUGCCAUUUUCAGUUUGACUUAAUGCUCAUCUCCAAAGACGCUUUCCAAUCCAUCUCUAAAGAGCUAUUCAGCAGUGAAAGCACUUACACUUUGAAGGCACCUAUAGAGGCGAUCUGGAAGGCUGACUGUCAGUAAGACUGAGCAGAAGGGGCUCAAGGAGGGAUGACGUUUCUGUGUUGCAAUUGUAUUAGGAAAUACAGGUGUAAAACUGGUUUCAGUAUGCUUUGUCUCACAGACAAAUGCAUCUCCAAUCUGCUUGAUAGUCCAGAUGGAGAGGGGUAUCAAAAAUAGCCAAGAGAAACGAUGAUAUGGAGAAUAUAAUUACAGAAGGUGAAGGGAAGGAUACAGAGGGUAUCGUUACAGAAGGUGAAGGGAGCUGACUUAGCUGAAGCUUGGGUGGAGGUGGGAUGACGAUGCCUGGAUUCACCCAUCUCUGCAGAGUGGAAAAAAAGCAGUGUGCUUUGUAGUUCCCUGUGAAAAGAAGCUGCAGGUCACCAAAGUCUAGAGCAGCCCCCAGGAUCCCUGCAGUUUGAUCCUGACAACACUGGCUACAUCAGCACCGAGAAGUUUCGUUCCCUUCUCCAGAGACACGGCUCCGAGCUGGACCCCCACAAGCUAGAGGUCCUCCUGGCCCUGGCAGACAGCAACUCAGAGGGGAGGAUCUGCUACCAGGACUUCGUCAACCUGAUGAGCAACAAAAGGUCGAAUAGUUUCCGCCAAGCCAUCCUUCAGGGGAACAGGAGGCUGUGCAGCAAGGCACUGCUGGAGGAAACAGGGCUGAGCCUGUCACAGAGGCUGAUCCGGCACGUUGCGUAUGAGACUCUGCCACGAGAGAUAGACCGCAAGUGGUACUAUGACAGCUAUACCUGCUGCCCUCCACCCUGGUUCAUGAUUACCAUCACUAUUGUAGAGGUUGCCUUUUUCCUUUACAACGGAGUGGUAUUAGACAGAUUUGUGCUGCAAGUCACCCAUCCCUUAUACCUGAAGAACGCACUACUUUACCAUCCUCAGCUCCGUGCUCAGGCUUGGAGGUACCUAACCUACAUAUUCAUGCAUGCAGGGAUAGAACACCUUGGACUCAACGUUGUCCUUCAGCUCCUGGUUGGGGUUCCCCUGGAAAUGGUGCAUGGAGCUGCAAGGAUCAGCUUUGUGUAUGUCGCUGGAGUUGUAGCAGGAUCCCUGGCAGUGUCAGUAGCCGAUAUGACUGCGCCUGUGGUGGGCUCCUCCGGAGGCGUGUAUGCACUUGUCUCAGCUCACUUGGCCAAUAUAGUCAUGAACUGGUCAGGAAUGAAGUGCCAAUUCAAACUGCUGCGCAUGGCUGUUGCCUUGAUCUGUAUGAGUUUUGAAUUUGGAAGAGCUGUGUGGCUGCGAUUCCAUCCCUCUGCUUACCCUCCAUGCCCACACCCCAGCUUCAUGGCUCACCUGGGAGGGGUGAUGGUUGGAAUCACCCUUGGAGUUAUCAUCUUGAGGAACUAUGAGCAGAGACUCCAAGAUCAGACUUUAUGGUGGAUCUUCCUUUCUAUUUAUCUCAUUUUCGUGGUGUUUGCCAUCUUCUGGAACAUUUUUGCCUACAGCCUGUUGGAUCUGAAACUACCUCCCCCUCCUUGAAUACAUGGGACGUAAACCUCUGGAGAGCAGAAGUCAUCUGCCAGCUAAGUUAUAUGAGCCAAGAUGGAGGAUCUAUUUUUAUAUUUAGCUUAGGGGAGGAUGAUUAUUUUGAACACAAGUGUGUGCUGAAGGAGACACUUAAAGAUCUCACGAGUGAAUGGAUUGAUCUGUUUGUUCAUAAAUCUAGCAGGUACUGUGCUGCCUGGUCUGGACCCUGCAGUUUCUUCACUGUCAGGGCUCCCACUGGGCAGCUUGAAACUGGGCAUUUAUCACUUGGUUUGUUAGCACACAUCAAUAUUUUGUAUGGGAUAUUUGCAUUUUCCGAGUCAGUGUUGGAAUUGCAGCCAGUUGUUGAAUGAAUAUCCUCAAAGUUACUGAACAUUAGAAGGGAAAAAGAGCAGUCAAUUACUAACUAGAGAUUUGCACGAUACUCACAAGGCAGAUUGAAUUUGGUUUCUACGGAUACAUCUGACUGUUCAGCCAUACCAGUGCCACUGUCUAAUUACUUGAAUAAUUCCUUAAUGAAAAUUAAGCCUCUGGUGAAACCUGUCUUACGCACCUUUCAAAGGGGUCAGCAAAUCUUGAUCACCCAAAGCGGUGGAGACUGGUCUUCAACUACAGGUCAUACGCAAUUGCACUAUAAACCUUGGGAACUCUUUAGAGUGAUAUGGACACUCAGCCAGAGGUGGCUUUUACUGUGCAUAUUUUGCUUGAUUUUUAUUUUUCCCCCCAGCCUGUUGUAGCUACAGUGUGUGACUGGGGUUUCUUACUGGGGGAUGGAGAAAAGAAGGGCAAAUGUUCAUUUGUGAUUUUAUCAGUUGACAAUCAGGUGCUGCUUUCUUCUCACUUUGUUUCUGGACAUAUUGUUGUAACAACAUGUGGCCUGUAACACUCUUCCAGCCCGCUCUUGCUGUGUAAGUGGGACCUGGAUCACCCGCAGCAGCACAGGGUGGGAGCUUUACAGCCAUGCACUCUGAUUGGUGCCAGGUUUGUCCACUCAAGUCAGUGGAGUUGAAUCAGGUUUUAUACCACUAGUUUCAACCUGAAGUGGAAAGAGUGUUACAGUGAUCAUUGUGAAAGUGAUAAAGCUGAUUUUAAAUUGACUGCUACGUUUUGAGGAUGGCAAGUAUUUCUGAGGCAAUGGAAGAUCAGGGGCUCCAAGCAGCAGUCAGUUGCAGUGAUGCCUUUUUGCUUAGGAUAGGUCAAGCCCAGGUUUUAGGAAUCUGGUCUGUAGCACAGCCCAUACAGCAGCAUGAUGCACGCUGCCUGCGUGGACCUGGGGGCCAGACUGGAGUGUCUGUAUGGUGCAUGCCUCUGUAAGGUGUUUGUUGUUACGCUUCUUACUUUAGAGAGCUGCCAAACCACAGUUGAGAAAUGUGGAUGCCUUCCUUUUCUCCCCCCUACGCCCACCCGGUUUGGCCUAGAGUAGCUCCUUUUUUUCCUUUUUCUGUUUGCAUGUCGUGCCCAGCCACCAGAGCCUUCCACAGCACAUCUCAUGGGCAGUGUAGCAGUUAGGUUUUCUCUGUAGUGAAGGGUUUCUGUAUCACGGGCUUUAUUCUCUCUUCUGUAUAAAUGGUGCUGCCAGACAAUACCACAAACUAGUGGGAGCUUCGCUUUCUAGAGGGGAAAUUCUUGAGAAUUCAUCAGCUGUCCACUUAUUUGCCUUCAUAGCAAAAAUCUCUCUGGAAGGCUGAAGUUCUCCCACAGUAUCUGCUAGUAAAAAUCCUGUUGCCUUGGUGAAAGAGAAGGGGGAGAAGGAAAGUGUUUCUACAACCUGGAAUGAAUCUUGUCUGUAAAAGGAACAAGUUUUGCCACCUUUGUGCACAGAAAUGGAGUCUCUGAGGGCAACGGCACCUUUGUUGUUCUGCAUGGCUGGCAUGUUGUUCAUGGGCCCUCAGAUCAAGGUACAAAGGUCAGAGCUCCAUUCAUUUCAAAGAAGAGGACUGAUUCCCUAUUCUAUUUUUAUCUCUGCGGUUUGGGUCCAGCUCAGAGCAGUUGUAAGAGUUUACAUGUGUUGCUUCAGGUCAGGAGCUUGCCAGCGAGUUUCAUACUGGUGGAGAUGUAGGGAGACAUAGGCAAACAGGAAGGAGGGGAACUAGAAUACUGAGGAAAGCAUGGUAAUGCAUAAGGAGGACAUUCCUUUCCUCACCUGUUAUGCAACCUUUCUGAUUGCAGAUGCCUUUAAACCAAAGUUGAGCAGGAAGUGGGAGUUCCCUUGCAAGUUUUCCUAAAACUUUGAAAUUCUAGUUAGAAAAUGUCAAUAAAUCCCAGAUUAUUUUGUCUAUAAUUUGUCAGAAUACAGUAUGCACUGAUUAACUUUUAUUUUUUGUUUCUCAGCCAAAAGCUACUUAAUACCCAUCAAUUUCCUCCCAAGAAAGCUUUCUGUGCCUGCCAGUGAUGUGCUCUGUGGUGAAGCAGCAAGCUACAGGUUCGAGGGCUGCCACUUUCUUCAUCAGCCUCACCCUGGCCAAUAUAUCUUUGCCUUUACUCAGGAGAACGAGGGAGCUGCAUAGGGUAGUACAGCUGCCCUUCUUUGGUCCUUCAUCCGUAAGUCAACAUAGUUUACAUGAACUAAUUAAAAAAAAAAAAUCAAAAACUCUCACUUUGAGCUUUUGACUUUUUCUCUUAAACUAUUGUUUAUCUUUGCAACUUCCAUUCCUGUUGUCCCAUGCCCUGUCUGAGGAAAUCUACAAGCAGCCCUCGGGAUCAGAAAGGUCAGACUUUAGAACAGCACUAGAUUUAUUCUGAAGAAAUGAAACCCUCUCACAUUCCUGUUCAUCAGAGCUGAAAUGUCUCCCCUUAUAUUGAGCAGGUCAUAUGCAGAGCCUGUAAUACUGCUCCUGACUCCAUAAGCUGAUAGAUUCUUAGCAGAUGAAGUGCUUAAGUUUUUAUAAUCGUUUAUAUCACUAAACAGAUAUUGUGAAAAUUUGUUAUAUUUUUAUAGAGUAUCAGGAAACCCAGUUACUUUGUUUUUUAAUGCACCCAGGAGUGCCACAGUGCUGCAGCGCCAGAGAGCUAACAGCAAACAGGCUUUUCUUUUACCUCCAGACGUCCUUGAUGCUGCUGGCUUAUGUCAGAGCUUUAAUAUUCUCCAUCCUGCUCAUUUGUGGUUCCAACUUAUCACAGUCAGCAAUGUGUUCCUGAAGGAGCCAUCCACUGAGGGACUGCUUUUGGUGAUUGUUUUGGUUUUAUUUCAGAUGCUGACAGGAUUUUACAUGAAUUGGAUAAAAUAUGAAUCUUUUGUGUGGAUGUGAAGUGCCAGAAAGACAAGGAUUGUUACCAAUGCACAGAUUUGAGACGGCGCGUGUUAGAGGAAGCUAUUUUAUGCCUGUGUCCUUGAAUGAGGACACAGCACAUGGGGGAAAAAAAAAAAAAAAGCCGUUUCUGUGCUGGACUUCCCACUUAGUAAGUAUAUUGCAGCACUGGUCCAGAGAGGAUGGGUGCAGGGAGCAGUAGCGCAGCCUGGGGUGCUGGUUGUACAGCUCCUUCAGGGACACCUGCCGGCCGCAGGGAGACAACACAGACGGGGUCCAACUCAGAGCCUUUUGCUGAUCUCUCAUCCCAGGAGACCUGAGAAGUAGCUCAGACAGCUAUGGGAAAGACAGUGGAAGAGAAGCUGGUAGAGCAACGUCCAUGGAACUUGCAAAUGGCACUUUUAUUUCUAAAUAUUUGGAUGCAGGUAGAGGUUAAUUUUGCACACAUCAGUAAUUCUAUAAGGAGGAGAGGGGGAGGGUUGGAAUGGAGUGAUGGGAGAGGAGCUUACCAGAAACAAUCUCUGAGUGAGGUGUAGAGUAGUAGAAAUGCUGAUGAAUUCACUUUUGAGUUUUUAAGCCAACAUCUCACGUCAUUUUUUUUUCCCCAUUAGUUAAUGGGGAAGAUUAGCACUUAUGUGGCAUAUUGUGUUUCUUCAGUACUUGCUCUUUUAGCAGGAGGAAGUAUUUUAUCAAUGGAGAAGGGGGAGGCCAGAGAAAUUUUAAUUCUCGGAGGUUGCUGUAGUAGAAAUAAAGCUUAGGGAUUCUGUGUCCCAAGACCUUGCUCCUUCUGAGGAUUAUACUGCCCUUACGUUUUAAAUCAAUUAGAUAGUUUCAAUUUGAAUUGGGUUAUGAAGAAUGGAAUCUGACAUGUUUAGAGCUGAGACAAAAAUAACAGCUAUCUGCUGACCUUACAAGACAGCUGCUGUUUUGUGCCAAUAUUUAGUCUCGCAGGAUCGUGGGUAGGAUUUUCACACAUACUUCAGUGAGUAAAGAACUCAGUUUAUCCAUUUAUAUGGAUUCAAACUCAGCCCAGUUGCUUUGGAAACCCUAUCCACUGGCUUUACCUGAAGUGAAACUGGAAAAUAUGAAUACAGUUCAACACCAGCAACUUCUGGAGGCAAACUAGGAUCCAGAGAACAAAAGCACUUCUGGGAUUUUAGCCUCUUUUCUGAAUAUCACUGCUGUUGUGUUUCUUUUAUAGUAGUGGCUGCUUCACAGUGUUCUGUAACAUGGCUCAAAAAUUCCUUUUAUGAUCACUGAAGCUGAGAGCUGGUUGUAAAUGAAAACAGUGCAGCUGUAUAAAGAAAGAAUCACAUGUAAGACAGAAACAAAGCUUGUUUAAAGGUAAAUGUAUUUGUAAUGUCACUAUUAAUCAAUAGCUUUUAAUUGGAAAAAGUUUUCUAAUGAGGUAUUUUUGAAAUGCCAGAAAACUUAUGUUUCAGGGUACUUUACAAUACAGAGCACAAAAUAUUCUGCAGGCCUCAUUUAAGUAGCAAAAAAACCCCACUUAAUUUCCAGUGAGCUUAAUAGAUAUGUUAGUCACUGGCUGUCUCCUGACUCCCCCAGAGUGUCUGAUUAGUUUGCAAAUAAAGCUAGACUUGUGCAGCUUUUCUUUUGCUUACACUACUAAUCUUAACAACACAUCCAAAUGUUAAACGCAAAGCACUAAACAAUGUAAUUUUCUGCCUUAAAAUACUGAACAAAUGUUACUUACCUGUUAAGGUCAAGUAAAACAAUUAUAUUUGCAAGGUAACACGCUAUGAUAUGUUUCCAAAUAUUUUUGUAUUGUGUACAUUCUGUAUAUUUUUGUUGUAACAAUAUUAUUUGAGUGCAGAAUCCAUUAAAUUUUUGUUGGUGGAUUUUUUUGGUUUUGUUUCUUUUUUAAUCAAAUAGAGCUGUUUUACAUCACAUGCCAAAAAUCAACCAAGAAAAAACUUUCGAAGACAAUUUUGUAAGUUUGUCUACAGUUAACAAACUAUUUAACCAAAGAUCAAUUGGUUUUGAGCUCUGAAAUGUAAUCUUUUAAUAAUGACAUUGAUAACUCAUUUUUAUGUCUCUCUAGAAGUGUCUGAUAAAAGGGAAGUGAACUGCUGCUAUAUUUCUCCAUGAGGUAUAACAAGGAUGCAGAAAUAGCUUGUGACUGGUAUUAAAAAUUCAGGUCUUGUCCCACUAUUUAACAACUGACGCUUUAAAGCAGUAGUGACCUCAAAACUGAGGGGAAGUUGAAGACCAAGUACAUUAGACUGUUUAAAAAAAAAAGGGGGGGGGGUUAGGGGGUGGAAGAUUGUUGUCUUUUAACAUCAGACUUAAAAUCUCAGAGCUAAUACAUUCUCAUCUCUUGAUCCAAUAGUGAGAACAAUGUAUCCAGUAAGUUCUGCAGCAAAUCUCUGAAUGAUUUAGUUGUUAAAUAAAAGGGGAAGGCUUAUUUUGAAAAACAUUUUGGGUUUUUAUUGGGAACUAUUGUGUUAAAGUAUAAAUUGAAGAAAUGAAAAUGUAACUAGCAGUAGUCCCUGCCAGAUUUGUUACUCCUAAGGGGAGGCAGACUACUGCUACUCUAUGCAGGAUUCAACUCUUGCUAGUAGUUUUCUGUUUAAUUGAGCUUUCUGAGGCAUUUAAAGUUCUUUAUUCGCUAGUUGAGGAAUUUCUGCAAAAGGGUAAGUAAGGUAGGUUUUCAUCUAUUUUUGUUCGUUAGUACAGGAACUGGUGUCUGUUAACACUAUAUAUUUUUCUAGCUGGUUAAAAUAAUUUUAGAAAGGCAAACCGAAGGACAGAAAUAUUACCAAUUCCAGAAAAUCUGUUGCAGGAAAGGAGCCAAAAGUUGGCAGCCUUGGGACUCAUCCUUGAUCAUACAAACUCAUACAACUCAUUAUUUUAUUCCC